AGCUGGCCAGUUUAUUUGUGAUGUUUGAAUUAGUGAAGCAGUUCCAAGUGGCCGUGGCAGGCAAAAUGUGGCGAAUAGCGCCACUAGUGAUACGGCUCCUGGCUGUGUCACUGGUGGCGCUGGUGCUCGCCGACCCUGGCCCAGGCGGGACCGGCCUGGUGUCUCGGAAACCGGAAAGACCCGAGCGUCCGAUCCGGGCCACGGGGCCCCCUCGCCGCCAGGGACGAAAAAAGAAACGCACUACCACCACAACCACUGUUGAACCGUAUGAAGAAGAUGAGCUUACCACAAUUCCAACCACCACUAUAGAUCCACGGCUCUUUGAUCACACCGAGACCGGAAACUGUGAGGUGCCACUUGGUAUGGAGAACGGCAAGAUCUCUAACGAGUCGUUAUCAGCCAGCUCCAGUUACGACCAGAGUGUAUCUCCACUCAGCUCAAGAAUCCGGACAGAAAUACGCGGCGGUGCGUGGUGUCCCAACGGCCUUAUACUAGCGCAGAGCCGUCAAUUUCUUGAAAUAGACCUCCAUGCUGAAUACUUGAUCACAGCUACUGAAUCACAGGGAAGAUUCGCCAACUCCAUUGGCGUUGAAUUCGUUGAAAGUUACUCAGUAGAAUAUUGGAGAGAGGCGCUCAGCCGCUGGGUCAAGUAUAAGGACUUUAAUGGCAGUCGACUCUUACCUGGCAACGUCAACACGUACACUCCUAGAAAGACAACGUUGGAAGCGCCGUUCAUAGCGUCGAAGGUUCGAUUCUUUCCAUACGCAGCGCACCCACGGACGGCCUGCAUGCGGGUAGAGCUCUAUGGAUGUCUUUGGAAACAGGCUCUUGUCGCGUACGCUGCGCCCAAAGGUUGUGACAUGCAAGCGAUGACAGGCGGCGCUCGCUUCGAGGACUUAUCCUAUGAUGGAAUUGUACACGGAAACAAUCUAGUGGACGGUCUCGGUCAGAUCACUGACUCCUUCACUGGACCCAAUGACUUUGAACUGCCUGAACCGUUAGACACUCGAGGAACCCGAUGGGUAGGCUGGAACAGGUCAAUGUCAGUGGAUGAUGAAGUUGAUAUCACGUUUAACUUUACGGACACAAGACUUUUUCAUUAUGUAGACAUUCACACAAACAACAUGUUUACCAAGGACGUUCAGCUUUUCAAAGAGGCAGAAGUCUACUUCUCUCUGGAAGGUGAACGAUGGCAGGAAGACUAUAUCUCCUACGAACCCAAGCAAGACAAAGUUUCUGAACACGCCCGUGUCAUUCACAUCGAUCUGGAAAACCGUACCGCUAAACAUAUUAAGCUUAAACUGAAGUUUCAUCACGAGUGGAUUCUAAUAAGCGAGGUCACGUUUAAAUCAAUCCCCACAGUUGUGAAUCAAUCUAUAGAAUUCCUAGACGAAUACUAUAGGACAGACACUCCGCCGACGUCAAGAAAGAAACGCAAUUCAUCUCUUAAAGUGUCCGUUGGCCUCGCCUGCGGCGCUAUUGUGGGUGGUGGGGCAUUCAUAGCGGCAACAGCUAUUCUCGCGACUAAGCGAGCUAGGCGAAGAAUUCCAAACAUGCUCAAAAAGCCGUUUUGUCCCUCCCUGCGAAGCAAUGCUCGAAACAAUCGACGUGCGCCACGGCUAGCAUUAGCCCUUGCAAAUUGUCCGCCAAUACACAUGCUUCGCAGUCCGGCUAUUGUGGAUGAAGACUAUCGAGAGCCCUACAAUAUAUGGCGAGAGACACUUGGCCGUCAAAAACGUGACAGCCACGAUCAAAAUGAAUAUAACGAAAUAUGCGAGGAUCCGGAAUUCCCUCGACCCUACAUGAUGAAACGGGCCGACCCUCACGAGAGCUUCUAUGCUGCCACAGACAUUAUUCACCAUACGUACCCGGAUGAACGGCUAAAUCGCCGAGAGAGGCCCGCUCCAGGGCUUUUCACCUCUAUAAAACUACCUGAAGCCGAGCCCCCAAACGGGGUGGCGCCCCUGCUGGAUUUCCCGCGGGGGCGCAUGCGACCAGUUACUUUCCUAGGCGAGGGACCACAUGGCACUCUCCAGAUUUGCGAGACGGAUGGUAUCGAGGAGCUGAGCGACGAGGAAUUACCGAGUGGCGACCGCCGUCGUUUGGUCGUUGUGAAGACACUUUGGCGCGGCUGCCAUAGCGAUGUCAAAGCGGCGUUUGCCCGCGAGGCUACAUGGGGCGCUGGGCUGAAGCACCCGCAACUAGCCCGGGUGCUCGGUCUGAGCCUCCUAGAGCCUCCAUGCGCGGCACUCGACCGCGGCGAUGCAGUCCCAUUGACUACGAUACUGAAGAUGGAACGGAGAUUGAAUUAUGCGAGUUUGAUACACAUAUGCUGCCAAAUUGCCAACGGCAUGAAGUAUCUGGAGUCAUUCGAGUUAGUACACAGAGAUCUCGCAGCAAGAAAUAUAACAGUUACCAACGAUCUGAACAUUAAAGUAUCCGACUACGCGAUGUUUUGCGAGGAGUUUAUUGGCGAUUAUCACAUUAUGGCAAAUGGAAUUCGAGUACCACUUCGGUGGAUGCCGUGGGAGAGCCUGCUUAUGGGCAUGUGCUCACCCGCAAGCGAUGUUUGGUCAUUUGGAGUCACGGUCUGGGAAGUGCACACAUAUUGCGCAGCGCAACCUUUUGAGGAGAUGAAUGACGAUCAGGUUGUUGCAAAUGCAAGCCAAUGGCGAUCAGGCGGCCUUGGCGCACGAGUCCCGGCUGCUCCUCUACCUAGAUGUCGACGAGAACUUUACGAUUUAAUGCAUGAAUGCUGGCGGCGCGAACCAAUGCAACGGCCGCGGUUUAACGACUUGCACCGUUUUUUGGAACGUAUGACUCAGGGAUAUAAACCACCAAUGCAACGCACUUAAGUGCAUGUCAUUGGAUGUUUAUUUAUAUAUAAAUAAGAUGUACGUCUAUAUGGCCUAGCCGCUUCUGUAUCUGAUAACAUUCUUUGAACUAAAUUUAUGUUUGAAUGCUUUUUUUCGAGGUUUUCAAACAACAUAUUAGGUUUCGCGAGCCCUCUGACAUAUAGAGUGUAUAUGGGUGGCGGUAUCACGUAACAUCAGGUGAGCUUCCUACCCGUUUGCCCCUUUUCUAUAAAAAAAAACAAUUCCAUUUCUUUACAAUUCUUACUUAACACCAGGUGUAACGUCUGCUCGAUUUUGCGGUCGUCUUCAAUUGAUAUUCUUAUCCUCAAAGAAUAUUGUGGGGGGGGGGCACUCUGCGCUUAAGACCUUAAGAAAUUUCCGAACCAUUUCGACUUAGGGUCCUUCAAGAAAAGAGCGUACCAAUUGGAAUUGAGAGUGUCCAUGGGUGGGCGUAUGACUUAACAUCAGGUGAGCCUCUUGCACGUUUGUCUUUUGUUCUUUAAAAAAAAUGUUUUUGUUGCUUAAUUUUGAAUUUUAAUGAUAAGUUUACGAUACUCAAAUGGUUAGGCCUAUUAGACCAGUACGACGUAUAAUUAGUAUUAAAAGUAAAAACAAGUGAAUAAAUAAAUUACACCCGCUAUAUCCAAAAUCGAGUAUAAAUUGCUACGAAUCGUAAAUUGUGUAAAGAAAAGAACAGAUUAUACGUUCCGUUACAAUUACGACUGAUAUUUUGCAUAUAGCUGAGCUUUAUUCACGGAAAAGACCAAACUCAAUGAAAACGUAAAUGUGUACAAACAACUUCGGGAAACUAGUGAAACAAGAGUACUGGAAAUAUAUGAAUCUAUGAAACAGAAACAUUACAAUGAAUAAGAAAAUGUAUAUUAUGUAUGAUCCCUAACGACCAUUAGUAAUUUUACCAAAAAAAAAAUGAAAUAGAUACAAUAAUAAAUAUAACAAUCUUAAAUAUAUAAAAUGGUUCUUAAUUAUUGGAAUUACUUAUGUGUUACGAACUUAUCGGAAUAGUUUUAAGAAUCGGAAAUCCAACCGUUUUCAUCCAGACUAAUUUCUAUUAAAAAAUACUAUAGAUUCUUUGUACGCUAAUUAUAAUAUGUAUUAAAUGCUAUAUAGUAUUUUAAAGUACAUCAGAAUUUAUUUGUCAAUGGCACUUAUUACGGAUAGAGUUUCAUGAGAGCUUUUAGCUAGUAGUUUUAAGUUCUAUUGGAAAAGACCUACAUCUUAAAGAGCUCGUCAAUGUUUUCGAAUCCAACAGACUGCAUAAGUAAUGUGAUAAGAUGUCGAGCAGUAUUAAGGACAGUAUUCAUAUAAUUUUAGGUAUAAUGAUUUUUUCGGGAAUCGCUUUACGACUGUUUACUUGCUAACUUUGGUCCCCCCACCUUAUAUCUCCCGCUUCAGAUCCACGCUGCAUAGUGACGCUGUGUAAUUAGAACUAAGUGUUAGUUAGCAAGUAGAUAGGAGUUGCAUGUAGGUUUAAACAUAGUGUAAGAAUCGCGAAAUAUCGAUGUACUCAUAUGUAUACUGUUAAUGUUUCAUGUAACUUUCAAGUACUCCCAGUCGAUAUUUCGCUUACACCGGUCACUGAGUGAGGCGUAGAUAGUAUCCAUAGAGUGCAUUUCUCGUACAAUUGAGGUUGAUAAAUUGUGAUCGAAACUCAGGGACUGGUAUUGUUAAUGACAAUAUUGUAGACGACGCGCUCAAAGGGCGAGUUUACAUUAUUGUUACAAACAUUUGUAGCUUGUAAGUUUCACGCCUAUCCCUAGCGCCCCUUGCCGAGCGCUCCCACGAUCUUCCACUUCGCCUUAACGGCAACCCUCACAAGGGACACCAACAUAAUGUACGAAAAGUCGUUAUCAAUAUCAGUUGAUACAUUUUCGUACAUUUGAUUGGUGAAGCUCAUUACGUAGAUCGAUAUUGCGGAAAAUAAAGAACAAGAAAGCAUAAGACACGUAAACAUAGAGCACACUAUGUCUUAUAUUGAGAUUUGAUUAGGGACGUAACGAAUUAAUCGCAGUAUCGAUCUGCUUCCUAUAAUAUAUCCAAAUCUAACUCCUAUUUUUUUAACCUGUUUUAAACGUUAAGGAUAUAUAUUUCCGGAAGUGACAAACUUCCUAGGCAUUUGUUUGCCACCUAUGCUUCUUGUUUUCUUCGAUUAGGCACAAUUGGUAGACGUCGUACAGUAUUCGAUAGACCGUGUCGAAUUUACAAGAGAGAUAUUUUUCACCGUGGUCAUAGUCGACUUUUGGACCACACUCACGUGCUUUGAUUUGAUUAAGUAAGUAGUGAAUCGUUGAAUGCUGUACGAUAGUGUUUUUGUGUUUUAUGCAGAUUUACUAUUAAUCAAUAUCUGGUCUCACGGGAUCUUUGUAGUUGUAAGAAAUAAUCGAUGUCUGAAUGUUUCGUCAAUGUAUUCGAUAGCACAUAGUCCGUUUGUCGAGACACAUUGAGUGAUUUACGUAAUGUCUAUGAAAACCCCAAAUAGAUAAAUGUAAGGCUGAAAAUGAAAUGAAAGAAAUACUCAUGCAAAAAGUUUUUCAGGAUACUAUUGGAUUGGUAACGAGUAAAAAGCUCAAUGACUCGAUAAAUCGGGUCGAUCGGUGUUCCAAUUAAAAGUUAGGAUAAAUAUCCUUAUCACUUAAGAGUUAGUGGGUUGACUGUAGCAUUUCAAAAACCUCCACAAUUGAGUUUCCUACCGCAUAAAACUCCUUUUCAAUGUUCGUGUAUUGAACUUGCGCUUGACAUUUAGACGUUUUGAUAGAUAUCUUAGGUUCAGACAUUUAUUUAAACGUUUUGAUAGAUAUUUUAGAUUCAGACAGUUAUUUAGAUUUUGAUAAGUAGUUUAGGUCAUAUCUAUAGGUGUGUUUAAUUGUGAUUUUUGUUAUGUAAUAAAUAUAUAUACGUUUCUGAAGCCGACAUGAAUCGGUGUUGGCGCGUGCAUUCUCAGUUAAAGCAAUAUAAAAAUUAGCUGUAAAUAAAAAUAAAUGUUUUAAAUAUAACAAGUAAUGCAGGGAUACAACUCUCUUUAUAUAAUGCAGUAGCCUUGACUUAUCAAAACUACAUAGUUCAAAAUCUAUAUUCAUUUGAGAUGAUGGAAUUUGUAAUAUUUGUUCUAUUUUGGAACUUAUUUUAAAAAUCGAAUAAUAUAAUGAUUGAUUGGUUUUACAAUAUCGAUACAGAGCUUUAAUUUAUAAUUUCUCAUUAAAAAGGAAACUGUAUUGUAUAACACAAUAGCCAUUGGAUAUUUGUAAAUAAGGUUGCGGUUGAUGGAUGUCCUGCAACGACAAAAUUGUGUAUUUCUGCAUUACUAUUAUGUUUACUUAAUAUAAUUGUAUAUAGAGAGGCAUAGGGUUAAUAUUAAUAAAAAAUUAAAAAAUAUUUUAAUAGUGGGUAGAAAUUAUUAAGUUAUUUUCAAACUUUUCAUUUAGCCGGGGACAAGUUACUAUUAAUAGACAUGUACUUGUAAUUAGGUAAAUUUCACCUUUUUUUAACAUAUUCUCAAAAUUGCUAAGACAUUAAAAUUUUGCGUUACAUCUAUAGGUAUUUAAUAAAGUAUACAUUGGGUUCGGGGAUAAGUUUUUAGGUAUCAAAGGUACUUAGGUAGAAUAUAAGGUUUCAUUGUAUAUACCAUUAUACAUAUAUAAAUGCUUGUUUAGACAGCUAGGUGCAAUUGCAUUUCAUAUAACAUUUAAGUACUCGAGAAAUUAAGGAUAAAGGUGGUAAUAACCAAACUAGGUUUAAGGAAAAAAUAUUGUUUUGUAGAAGUUUUUGCAUUUUUUUUAAAACUUUAUUAGAUAAAUGUAUUAAUUUUUAUUGGGUUACUAUAUUUCUUCUUUAUCUUUAUAUGUA